AUAGUUGCAGUACAGAGUGCCAAAGAGAGCAAAGCAGCCACAGCGUACGUGAGUUGGAGUCUAAAAGGGACCAAAAAGAAGAAUUGUCAAGCCUUUAGAACAGAGUUGCACAAUGCCUCUUGAUGUUUUCCAACCACUGCUGCUCCUGCUGCUGUUCCUUUCUGUGUUUGGAGCGUCCCAUGCCUGCCUGCAGGACCCUGCUUCAGCCUACAGAUUCACUGGAGCUGUAUGUCGCCUCACCUACCCUGCAGCUGUUGUGUUGAAUGAGAAAACUACUAAAGUGAUUGAGACAGCGUUCCAGCAUGCCAGAUACCCAAGUGUGAAGGGAGAGAAAUCUCUGCUUUUUGUAGGCAGAGUCAUAUAUGGUCUGCACAAUUUGGAGAUUCAUAACCUGUCAAUUGGUCGGAGUGCAUUUGAACUGCAUCCAGGUGAAGGCAUCGCCUUGGAAAUAAGCAAUGUGUCCGCCGUCUUCAGAGGGAACAUCCAGUAUGGAUACGGCAACUGGCUCGUCAGCGUUGCAAAUUCAAUUGACUUUGAAAUUGAAUCUCAGAUUGACCUCGGAAUCAACGCCAAACUUUACUGCAGAGAAGGGAAGGUAGCAGCAGACACAUCGGACUGUUAUCUUAAUUUUCACAAGCUCCAUCUGCAUCUGCAGGGUGAUAAAGAACCAAAUUGGCUGAGGAAGCUCUUUACCGACUUCAUCACCUUUACCGUAAAACUGGCCAUAAAGGGACAGAUUUGUAAGGAGAUUAACAAGGUGGCAAACAUACUGGCUGACUUCAUACAAGACACAGCAGAUCAGUUCCUCAGUUAUGGAGACAUCAGUGUGGACAUUGGUGUAACUGCUGCUCCUGUCAUCAAUGCUAACUACAUAGAAUCAUACCACAAGGGGCUGACCAACUACAACAAGGCUUCCACUGUCAUCAAUGACUCUGUUUUCCACCCCAGCCAGCUGACUGAAAACAGGAUGCUCUACUUUUGGAUCUCAGACCAGGUCUUUAACCCCAUGUUUACUGCUGCCCACCAAGAUAGCCAUUUCCAACUCAACAUCUCUGGAGCAGAACUCACUGAACUUUUCAAGACAAAUCUCUCCAGUACAAUGCCUGAAUUUAUGAGAAAGUGUUUGCUGGAAUCAGGUUCUCCACAGCUUAGAGUGUGGAGUUCAUCUGUUCCCUACCUCAACACCUCAACCUCUGGUACAACUGUCUUGGGAAAGGCCUCUGGGCAGCUUCACUGUUGGACUCAAGGCACACCAAUACUCUUCUUUAAAAUGGACAUGGCCAUGGAUAUCACAGCUUCCUAUGCUGACAAGAAACUCUUCCUGCAGGGGAACCCAUCAGAGGUCUUUGUAUUACAAGCUGAGCUGUCUUUACAAAAUCAAACGCUGCUAGAUGAAGAUGACAUGGAGUUCAUAAGAGAAGCUGUGGAGAAGAUAGGCAUUCCCAAGGUCCUGUCUGCUAUGGAGAUUGAGCUAACCAGGCUGUUGGACAAACAGGGAAUUAACUUAUUUGACAUCUUCAAUCCAGAGGUGCUUCCUCGGGAUGGCUUUGUGGUGAUUCAGAUGGAUUUUGGUUUCCCUCAUCACCUCCUGACUGAGUUCCUUAGGAAGACUCUACAGUGACUGUGCAACCCUUAAGCAUUUGGGCCAGAUUAGUUUUAUUGACUUGCCUAAAAGUGUUGUUCAUAUAGAAAAUAUGUACCCUUCCAAGUGAUUAUUGACAUUGAGCAUUAAAAAAAACGCCGACCUUGUGUGGACGCUCAGUGUAAACGUAGCAAAAGAUAUGCACAUUAAAAUGAAAAUGAAGUAGUGUGGA